GCCACCCCCGCGAGUGGUCGGGCGGGGAGAUCGGGCGGCGCCGAGCUGAGGUGGCGAGAGAAGAGCUCCCGGAUGUGGAGAAGCUGGGGAGAAGGCGUGGGAGGAAGAUGGACUCGGUGGAGAAGGGGGCCGCCACCUCCGUCUCCAACCCGCGGGGGCGGCCCUCCCGGGGCCGACCGCCGAAGCUGCAGCGCAACUCCCGUGGAGGCCAGGGCCGAGGUGUGGAGAAGCCCCCGCACCUGGCGGCGCUAAUUCUGGCCCGGGGCGGCAGCAAGGGCAUCCCCCUGAAGAACAUUAAGCACCUGGCGGGGGUCCCGCUUAUUGGCUGGGUCCUGCGUGCGGCCCUGGACUCGGGGGUCUUCCAGAGUGUAUGGGUUUCAACAGACCAUGAUGAAAUUGAGAAUGUGGCCAAACAAUUUGGUGCCCAAGUUCACCGAAGAAGUUCUGAAGUUUCAAAAGACAGCUCUACCUCACUAGAUGCCAUCAUAGAAUUUCUUAAUUAUCACAAUGAGGUUGACAUUGUAGGAAAUAUUCAAGCAACUUCUCCAUGUUUACAUCCAACUGACCUUCAAAAAGUUGCAGAAAUGAUUCGAGAGGAAGGAUAUGAUUCUGUUUUCUCUGUUGUGCGACGCCAUCAGUUUCGAUGGAGUGAAAUUCAGAAAGGAGUUCGUGAAGUGACUGAGCCUCUGAAUUUGAAUCCAGCUAAACGACCUCGUCGACAAGACUGGGAUGGAGAAUUAUAUGAAAAUGGCUCAUUUUAUUUUGCUAAAAGACAUUUGAUAGAGAUGGGUUAUUUACAGGUUUGUGCCUUCAUUUUGCAAAAAUCUUUUAAACCUUUUUAUAUGUAUAGCUCAGUUCUAAGGAAGACAUGGUAUAGUUCAUAAAGGAAAGUAUCAGUUUCUAGAAGAAAGGCAGUAACUGAUAAGAUUUAUCAUCUGAGGCACUUAUCCUGUAGGCUUACAAUAAACUAAUCUUUGGAAUCCAUUCAGUGAAUAAGCAAGGAAUUCUGCUACAACUAGGAAAUGAAUCAGAUAUUGAAUGUUGUAUACAUGUCCUGAUUUUCAUUUUAUUCCAUUCCAAAUUCUGUUUUUAAACUAUGGUUUGUUACUGUCAGGUUGUGGUUGUACAGUUGAAUAAAAAUCGAUUGCUUUUAAAAAGAGACAAAAAAACAUCGUGGAUGUGGAAGAUCACCAAGCUGGGUGUCAGGAAAGCCAGGAUAUAGUUCUCUAUCUCUAACUAUGUGGCUUUGAAUAUACAUUUUAUCUGUUCUGAAUCUCAUUGCUCUCAUUUUAAAAUAAGGGGGUUGGAUGUCUCUCACAUCUUUAGAGCCUACAUGGUUACAUCAUAAACUACUUGUUCCUUUUAGUUAAUAGCAGUUAUUUAUUCAGCCCUUACUAUGUACCAAGGACUGUACAAAACACUUUCACAUAGGUUAUAUCAUGUCAUGUGCAUAGCAGUGGAAUAAAGUAGACAUUCCUGGUAGUGAUACAUGCUACAACAUGGAGGAACCUUGAAAACAUCGUGCUAAGUGAAAGAGUCCGUCACAAAGGACCAUUUAUGGCAUGUUCCAUUUUAAUGAAAUCUUCAGAAUAGGGAGAUCUAUAAAGACAGGAAGUGGUUAGUGGUUGCCUACGGACAAGGGGAGGGGAGUGAUUGCUACUGGGUAUGGAGUUUAUUUUGGUGAAAAUUUUCUAAAAUUGGAUUGUGGUAAUGGUCACAAAACUCUGUGAAUAUGCUAAAAGCCACUGGAUUGCACUUUAAAUGGGUAAAUUUUAUAAUAUGUGAAGUAUAUCUCAAUAAAGCUUUAAAAAAAAAAAGUAGACAUUCCUGGCCCAGUUUUAUAGAGGAGGGAAUGGCUGCUUUGAAAAAAGGAAGUAAUUGGCUCAGGGUAGUAAGUGGUACUGUUGGGAUUUGGAUUCAGAUCCUUAUUGUUACUCAAAAUCAGCAUUUAAAAAAAACCCUCUACUCGCUAUAGUAAAAAUUCUAAUGUGACUCAUGCUGUGAGGUAAAAGGAUUUUUAACAAUCAUCUGGCAGUAUAUCGGCAAACUGUAGACUGUUUAGUUAAGUUCGAGUAUUCGGGAAAAUUAGGUUUGACACACAUAGAUAGCGCCCUUUCCAAACUCUUUGCUAAGGGGACUGUUAUUUGACGCUUUCCUAAAGUGUGGAGAGCAAUGAAGUAUCUCAUCAUAAGAUUUAUGAAGAGACUGACAAUUCUAAAAAAUGAAAUUUUCCAGUAAUUGAUUUUGACGUUCAAAUUAUCACAGUCAUAGGAAAGGUCUCCCCCUUUGCCCCCAGGCCCCAGGAUCAGGAACUUAUCCCUCCCUUUGCUCACAUGUGAUCCAGACAGUUAUUGUCCACUCCCACCUGUAGUUCAGGGAUCUAAAACAGUUCUUUUAUUUUUUUCAAGAUUUUCUUUCUUUAUUUAUUUGACAGAGAGAGACACAGCGAGA